AUGUUGCAAGUAAAACUUCCCAAGCUAAAUGGAAGUAGUCCUGAGGAGUAUUGGGCCUUCCGCAGUCGGUUUGAGCAAGAAGUACUUUGCACCUCUAUACCCCCACAGGUGAAAAGGUACAUUACUCACUGUAUGGGACUGCCAAAGAAGGAGGGCUUAAAGACAGCACUAAAAAUCCUUGAUACGAAAUAUGGAGAUAAAAAUCUGUACAUGAGUCGCAUAGAAGUAGAGCUAACAAGCGGGCCACAUGUGAGGGAAGGUGACCAUGAGGUCAUCUCGGAGGUGUGCCUAAAUCUGACGUCCCAUAUUCAUUUUGCAAAGAAAAUUGGGAAGCUGAGCCAUAUUGACAACCCACAUGUGGUGAGAAGUCUGGUGGACAGAAUGGACGAUCGACUCCAAUCCAAGUGGCAUGCCAUUUGGACUGGCAAAAAGCGAUCGAAGAUUCCUCGUUUGAAAAACGUAAAGAAAUUCUUACAGAAGGAGAUGGACGCCGCACGUAGCAGGCGUGCCCACAACCCUCUGGCAUUUUCCAAGACCCAGUUCCGUGAUGCAAAACGAGGCCGAGAAGUUAAGAUCGUAGAUACCAUUCCCAGACGAGCAUUCACGUCCGUGCCAAAACAACAAACUAGAGAUGUAGGACUAUUCACAAAAACUAAUGUUGAACCCUGGAAACGAGGUGAUCAAUGUCGUUUGUGUACAGAGCCCCACCCCAUUUUUAUGUGCCCUGUAUUCAAGUCACUCAGCCUGGAGCAUCGCAAAAAUGUAGUGACAGCUCAGAGGAGAUGCUUCAUAUGCCUUAGGGACAACCACCUAUAUAAAGAAUGUAAGGCGAAACCGUGCGACAUUAAUGGCUGUGGAGGAAAGCAUUCACGGUGGUUACAUGAUACUCAAAGUGCCUCCCAAAAUAAUGGUGAAAAUGAAAGACUGGGACAGACUGUUGAAGCUACAGCCUCACAACAACAAUGA